AUGUUUUCGGCCCACAUUAACGUUGAAUUCUGCAACUCUGUGAAAUCAAUUCAAUACAUCUGCAAGUAUGUACAUAAGGGAGCCGAUCGGGCAGUUAUUGAGUUGGCUAAGGCCGGCGACCCUGAAGCCGCCACAGAUGAGAUCACAUUUUUUCAAACUGGACGCUAUAUCUCUACUAAUGAGGCAUUUUGGCGCAUAUUCGGUUUUCCGAUCCAGGAACAUGAAUCAGCAGUUAUUCACCUCAAUGUCCAUUUGGAGAAUGGGCUAUGGGUGUACUUGAAUCAAGAAAAUAUACUUGACUGUGCAAACCAGCCUCAAAGAACGACCCUGACCAGAUUCUUUGAACUUUGCACUUCAGACUGUUUUGCCAGAAGACUUCUUUAUGCCGAGUUGCCUACAUUCUACACGUGGAAUAUCUUCCCAUUGAUGGCAAAAAAGAAAGCGAGGACGCAUUUCAGAAAGGGAUGCUUCGAUGCGUGA